AUGUUGCAACUCGGGAUAGCCAACACAAUCGCCACUGCCACUGGCAUCCUCGGGUGUGCAUGGUGGGCGGGCGCAGCGGCAUCGUUAUCCAUGUUUAGCAUCCCCGCCAUAAUCCAUACCAGCGCAGAGCCAGGUCAUGCACUGAAGCUGUGGCAACACAUAUAUUUGAACGGCGCGUCGACCGGCCCAAAAGUAGCGCUCGCCAUUACGCUGUCGUUGGUCUACUCGGCCUACGAUCGCUACAGCCAGGGUGUUGCGUGGAAGCCGUUUGUUGCAGCCGGGCUUCUUAGUCUCGCCAUCGUGCCCUAUACCAUCAUCUUCAUGUUGUCAACGAACAAUGCACUCAUGGCCGGUGCACGGGGCAUCACGACGCUGGGUCUGUCCGAGACCAGGGAGCUGUUAAAGAGGUGGCAGGCACUCAACGCCAUUAGGAGCGUCAUAUCCCUUGCGGGCGCCGCAAUCGCGUUGUGGUAUACCGCUUUCCAAUGA